AUGAAUCUCGAAGAUGUUGAACGAAAGGGACGACUUCAAAAAUUAGAUGAUGAUAUCCUGAGGGCGAUGGUGGAUUCAGAUCUUGGUCAAACUAUUAGGGAAUUAUCACUAAAGAUCGGCUGUCCAUGGUCUACAGUUCAGGAUCAUCUUCAUCGCAUGGGAAAAGUGUAUAAGCAAGGAAUUUGGGUUCCUCAUGAAUUGACAGAGACGGCACUCGAUCAACGGCGUACAAUCUGCGCGUCUCUUUUGUCUUGGUAUAAAACCGAUCCGUUUUUGCGACGAAUUGUAACUGGAGAUGAGAAGUGGGUGCUAUACAAUAAUCCUAUAGGAAAAAAACAAUGGCUUUCUUCCAAAGAAGCACCUAUUCCGACACCUAAACCAUCACUAACAUUAAAGAAGGUCCUU